CGGCAGAAGUCGCGGCUCCGGGCGUCGCGACCCAGGAGGGAACAGGAGCUGCCCUGCCCGGGCCGCCGCGGGGGCCUCCCGCUGUAUUUUGAUGCCAGAUUAACGACAUUCAUUCAGUAAAAUGGCUUCGACUCCCGAUGCUGUGCUUUCUUUAUCCGAUUGCUUGUGCCAGAUAUGCACGGAUAUACUAAUAGAACCGGUGACCCUGCCUUGUAGCCACACGCUUUGUAAUUCGUGUUUCCAGUUGACUGUGGAAAAGGCUAAUCUGUGCUGUCCUUUCUGUCGUCGGAGGGUCUCUUCGUGGGCCAGGCAACAUGCCCGGGAAAAUACUCUUAUCAACAUGGAACUAUGGAACAAAAUCCAAAAACAUUAUCCAGAGAAGUGCAAGCCUAGAACUGCUGAACAGAGUUUGGAUGAUGACGUUGAUGUAUAUAAGCCACAUCAUCUGCUAAGCCAACCUGGGGAAUUGAGGCGUGAAUACGAAGAAGAAAUUAGCAAAGUGGAGGCAGAAAGAAGGGCCUAUGAGGAAGAAGAAAGCAAAGCAAGUGAAGAAUACAUUCAGAAAUUAUUGGCAGAGGAGGAAGAAGAACAAAGGCGAGCAGAAGAGAGGCAGCGAGAAAUGGAGGAACAGCUGAGGAGAGAUGAAGACCUGGCCAGAGAAAUCAGCAUCAAUCUUAACAAACUAAAUGAGAGAAGUGUCUUUGGCUCUCCUUCCAAUGCUAAGCAGUCUUCGCCACCUACCAGCAAGUCACAAAAGAAGAUUAAGAACAAGUUAAGUGUCAUUGGAAGUAUUCAAAAGUAUUUGUCACCAAAGUCCCAGUUUGCCUCAGUACAAACAUCUCAACCUGAAUUUGCAGCAGAAGAUAACACGCGUUCUAUAUCUAAGGGUGUUAGCAGUAAUGUAGGGAGCCCUGUAUGGCAAGAAGAAGAUGAUGAGGAUAUGCCAACAUUAUCUCCACAAGUAUUCCUUGAGAGUCAGAGCAGAGUUGCAAAGGGUUCAAUUACAGAUGCACCUAUGCCUCAUUUAAGUGCCUUUAGUGUGGAAGAAGAAUGUCUUGAGAAAGAAACUAAAUCACAGAUGAGUAAUCCAAAUAAAGCUACAGAGGGACAUUUUUGUACAAAUCAUGAAGUACAAACCAGAUUUCUCUGUUCUGCUGAGGCUGUAGCCACGUCUCCUGGCAAGCCAGAGAAUGAAUACACUAAUCCAGUAGAAAUAACCAAAAACAGCAUUAUUGGUACAGAAAAUAAAGAAAAGAGUAUGCUGAUUGAUAAAGAAAUACCCAAAAGAAAAGAUCAGGAAUUUCCUUCUGGAAUAGUUAGUGAUUCAAGUAGUUCUGCAAAGAGAAGGAAACUCUGUAUGGAUACUUCUUCAGAACAAGAAGAGACAGACAGUAACAUUGCACAGAAACUGAUAGACUUGGAACACCUGCUCUUUGAGAGGCACAAGCAAGAAGAGCAAGACAGGCUGUUGGCCUUAGAGCUUCAGAGAGAGGUGGAUAAAGAGCAGAUGAAACUGAAUCGGCAGAAGGGGUCCCCAGAUGCUUAUCUCUUGCGCACUAAAGUCUCCUUGCAUGCAGACGAAUCUCCAAAUGAAUGGAAAAGUUAUUCCAAGGAAAAGAACUGCAAAAAACAACCUGAAACAGAGCUUUCAAAAUCUCGAAGAAGCUCAAAAGAUGAAAACUGGCAGCCUUCUCCUAUGAUCCAAAAGAAAACGUCAGCUAAUAAGGGAGGAAAGACACCCAUCUCUUCCAAAAACGCACGUUCUCUACGGCCUAGUAAUACUCAGAAAAGUAUUUUUCAGAUGUUUCAGCAAGCUGCAAAAUAAUGAAUGGGGAAGAGUGAGGAGUAAAGGAGUAAGAAACAAUUGUAAUGUUUGCAUGUUCAACAGUACUCCUAUGGGUAAAUGCUUUUUAGUGCAGUUUUGUUUUGCUGAUGUACCUGUUAUGUAGUUUCUCUCUCAGAAAUCUGAUUACAAGAAAAGUUAAGAGAAGGUGCUGCUGUAAAACUUCUGUUCAGACAAACUUCCAGCAAUCAACAAAGAAAUUGAUUUUCUGUGUUGGCAGUAACCAAAGUACUUUGAGAUGGGGGUUGCGACUGUCUGGAAGAUGUUUUAGACCAUCUUCAUGAAAUCUUCAAACAUCAUAAAUGCUGAAACUUUAAAAAAAAAAAAACCCUACCCAUUGUGGUUGAUACUCCCCUGUUUAUUCAAUUCUAUCUCAACAAAAAUAAAGCAAAAACUUUUCUGUUCUCAGGCAUUUAAAGAAUGAAGAUAGACUUUGAUAUUGAAAGGAGGAUGAAGGUAUUGAUCUUCCCUAUCUCCUUGCUACCUCCCUAAAUAUGUUUAAAAAAGCACUUAAUAAGUCAUGGUUUCUUAUCACUAAAUAAUAUAAAUUACAACUCAUCCUCCUAAUUAGGUUUUAAAUACUAUAGUAAAUUUUGUUUUUUGUAGAAUUGAUCAGAAUCAAUGUUAUCCAGGGAAAGAAAAACUAAUUUUUGGAAAACUGAAAAUGGGAUUCUGACAAGGAAGUAGCUGCAACUUUGAAGCAAAAAAGUCCAGAAGUGAAAGUGAGGCAAGAUAAAGUUUGACAGGGAGGGAAAUGUGAGGCUGAGCAAAUGGAAUCCGGACAUACUGGCAAUUGACAGGUCAACAAGAUAUCCUUUGCUUUGCAUUGGUCAUUGUUUUUCCCUGUGAGUCAUUUCAACACCUGGGUUUCUGAUAGUUUUGAAAUUAAGUGACUUUUUUUACAUUUUUUUUUAAACCAGGUAGUUUGGUUUUGGAAGCUCCCAUUUCUGUUUAAAUUGCUAUUCUGAAAAGGUGGGUUGGGGUUUUUUUGGAGUCAGUGCAUUUGGUUUUUUGUUUGUUUUUUGUUUUUGUUUUUUGCAUUUUUAUUUUUUUUUACUGAUUAGGCAACAAUGUCCUAGAAUCUGUUGUGUUAAAAUCAGGGACUUGAGUGUUAGGACAGCUUUGACCAAGAAAAACCAGGUAGUCCAUUUCCUACUUGUUACUGAGCUAAUUGAAUGUUGUGGAUUUUUACGUGAAAGAUUAAAAAGUUGGGAAAAGUAUGAUACUUAUUUUCUACCUGUUAAGACCAUAUUUUAAGUGGCUUCACUUAGUUUCUCUGAUACUAGUUAUUAUUGUUAACACAACAGAAGUUUAAAAUGACAGUUGAAUGUCCUAAAGUUGAUUUUUUUUUUGUUGUUGGGGGAACUUGACAAAUUUCAUAAUUGAAAUUUUUGUCCAGUUGGUGUUUGUACUUGAUGGAAUUUAUGUUGAUUGGAAAACUAGGUCAAACUAUUAAAUUUUUUUAAGGCAAGCCAAAUUAAAGCCUAUUAACCCUGAUACAAAUUUAUUUUAUUUGCCUUAAGGUAGUUAAUGUGGUUUAGUCACCAGCAUUAAGUAAUGAUCAAAUCAGUCUACAGUACAGGACUACUACUCCUUUUGCAUAUUUCGAACAUGUUUAGGAAGUAGUUUACGUUUUGAUUAUAUAGCAUUGGAAUUAAUUUUGGAAAUUGAUUAUUUAAAACUUGAAACAUUUGCCUAUGAAAACAAUAUUAUGAAUUGUGAUUAGGUUCUCCGGCUAUCCCACAAAAAGUGUAUUUAUUUUUUAACUCCUGGUAUAGUGGGACAUAGGAUGCAGGAGAGAGGUGGGGUAUAGCAAGAAAGUUUUGAUCUCCUUUUCUUAGCAGAAGACUGACCCAGGUAAAAUCUUGAAAUACUGUUUGUUUGAUACUUUCCCCUUAUUUCUACCUUCUUCUCUUAAUUUCUAGUAACCCUCUUCCAUUACUCUGUCUGUACAGUAGGAUGCCAACAAAACCUAGCUCUCUUCUCCAAAGUAAAUACAAUUCCUUUAUCUCCAGUUGAAACACCUUGUUAGACCAAUGAAGGUGUCCUAUUAACUAUAUGUCAUAAGGAAAAUUCUAAAUAUUGUGAAUACAGUGUACAGGUGGCUAAUUGAGUCAACCUUCCCCAAAAUGUUUUUAUUGUUAUAUGGAAUCUUGUAUUCGAAAUGUGUCUAAUUUAUUUGGAAGAGUCACUGAAACUUAUUUGACUAGGAACAUUGGUAUCGCCAUUUAAGUAGGCCACCUUGCUUUGGAUUCUGCUCCCAAAAUAAUUUAUUUAAUACUGCUUUCCCAAGGAUCUUCCCUUCAGUUUCUUAAUCUGGUGUUUUUCUAGAAAGUGUGGAGAUUUUUCGUUGUGCCAGAAAGGGGUCUCAGGAGUAGAGAGCAGUGUAUGUGUUUAAGUCAAGGAGUAUCUGUGUUAUUCCAUGCUUUUUGGUAAUGUUAUGUGAAAUUUCAGAAAUAACCAAAUUCAUCUCAUAAGUUCCCUACUCCUACUGCCAAAUGAACAGUCUGUUUGGAAUGGAUAAGUCAUUAAAGAUCAACUUUAUACUUAAA